AUGGUGAUUGAAUGGUCUUUCCUCUUCUUGCUGGUGCCACCCUUGGUAUCAGUGCUGCUAGCAAUCUGUACGCUCAGAAAAAUCAGAGGAGGAUGUACCGUCAGUUUGCCAAAGGAUAUGAUGCGCUCGAUAAAGGAUAUGGAUCUUUCCUCGCUCGUCAAGGAAGGCGUUACAAUCCUCACCGCCGUCUUACCUCUUAUGGUGGCCAACUCCUCAAAGCUCAAACAAAUCUUGAAAACAGCUAUACCUCUUCUGUCGGCACUACUGCUUCUGGCCUUGGAGCAGGAUUCGCAGUCGCAGUAUUUCUUCGAUAUUGCCACUUCCGCCGAGUCUAUGCAGAUCAUAAACGUGUCUGCUGGUGGUAACGAAGUUAUACGCAGGUCUGGUCCCUGCAUCUACACUUCCGUAGAUCCUCUUGGACUUUCUUACGAUGAUGACGACCCUCUCACAGUUGACCCUCGUGAUCAGCUUAACCCUGGUCUCGUCAGGAUCACCAAUGGAGAAGAUCUGUUUACGAAUGUCUCUGAUCUCACCGAUGAAGAGCAGAAAGGUAUGUACAAUGCCAUGAUGCUUGAUCCCCGCUGGUUCAAGUGGUCCCUUCAGUCUGGUAUGCGUAGGACUGCAGCACCUCUCUACUGGCAGGUUGGACAGCUUCAUCAGGACGUCUUCCCGGGUGCAACUACCAACGUUCCGGAUCUUGGAACCAAUGGUAAGACCGUUCCUCCUGGAAUCGAUAAAGAGGUGCAUUUCGAGUAUGCUUCUACCGUUGGUCAGCACAACAACUUCGUACAUCAGACCGAACUCGGAAAAUCUGAUCCUCGUGGAUUCUUCCAGAUCGGACAUAAAGGAAGGAUGGGUUACAUUCCCACUGACGCAUAUGCACAGUACGCUGAUGUUGAAGGUAUCAAAGACUUCCCCAUGAUCAACCCCGUUCCUGAGGUUCAGUGUUUCACCAUUGUCCUCCCGAAGGCAGAGAAAACCGUAUACUACUACAGGGCAUACGUAACCGAGACUGUGUUCUUCACUGGUCUUAGGACUGUUGGAGUAUCUAUGGGUGAUUUCUCUAUCAAGAGGAACUAUGUUGGUAUUGAUCAGUUCAUCCGCCCUAGGAUCGUUGCAGCUGAACCCAAAUGGGCUGAGCCUGUAACCGAACCCAAACGUAACGAUGGAAGUGAUGUAUGA